UAAACUGCGCGCUCGUAUGCGCCGGCGCUGUGGCUGUGCGAGAAAUAACAUCGCGAGUGUUAAAAAUGUUCGAAAUUUAAACGAAAUGAAAUAAUAAAUUAAUUUUAUGAAACUAAAAUUAAAAAUUAAAUGUAAAUGUGAUUUUAUUUUAUAUUUUGUGUAGUACCUACAUGUGUUUUACGACAAAAUGGAAUUUUUCAAUUGGAACACGAAACUGAAAUUUUUUCUAUUUGUCACUUGCAUUUCCACAACGCUCUCCAUGGUUCCAGAAAAAUAUGACAUACUAGAUGUUAUAAAAAUGAAUACAGAAUCAUUAGAAGUAGUAGAAGGAAGCGACGGAUUUGGCGCGAUUAAAUUAUUAUUAAACGACCCAUCUCCAAAUGUAACUCUAGACAAGUUUAUUGAACCAUUGGUCAGUCUUGCACCACCGUUUGAAAUAUUCGCCUACAUAACGCUGGACAUACGCAAUUCUCCUUGCUUAUUCUCAAUAUCUGUUGAAAGUAAUGACAAAGUUGCAUUAUGCUUCGAACAAUUCCAUAGAAGCAAGGCAAGAAUAAUGUUGCUGGAUAGCAAAUUUUUCUCAGAUAAGCCAUUAGUUUAUAAAGGUUUCAAAAAUGGCGAAUGGACGCAAAUAAUUAUACGCGUUGAAGAAGAAAAGAUUGAAUUAUACAUUGAUUGCAAAUUGAAUGUAACUGUCGACGUUAAGAACCCCAUUGAAGAGAUAAAGUUUUCUGAGGAUAGUCUUCUGUUGCUGGGAAAAUAUAACGAGAACGAUGAAAAGGAGAAGCUAUUUGAGGGAUCUAUUCAAAAUCUACAAAUAUUUCCAAAUCCGGAAUAUUUUGGGAAAAAAAAUAUAUGUAAUCCUAAAGCGUUUGAACUUCCCGAUAGUAUUGAGUCUAACUCCAGUACCGACAAAGUUUUUCUAAGAGGCGACGUACCAGAAAUUAACAAUGAUUCGAGUAAGGAAAUAAUAAAGAACACAGUAACAGUUGAAAAAGGUGAACGAGGUGACAAAGGUGAAAAGGGUGAAAAAGGUGAAAGGGGUUAUAAAGGCGAAGUAGGAGAGAAAGGUUUUAAAGGCGACGAUGGCAAAUCUAUUAUUGGUCCAAUCGGACCUCAAGGAAUUGAUGGACCACAAGGACAACCAGGAACAGCAGGGAUUAAGGGUGAAACAGGCGAUUGCAAAAGCAUAAUCGGUCCACCUGGUGAACAGGGACCACCAGGCCCUCAAGGUGAUGUUGGUGCUCAAGGGCCUCCUGGUUUGACUGGCAUCCAAGGAGAGAGAGGUCCACUAGGACUUAAAGGUGAUAAAGGAGAUACAGGUGAAAUUGGUUUCCCAGGAAUUAUUGGAAAAGAAGGGCCAAAAGGGGAACCCGGAAACGAUGGAAGCCCUGGACCUCCAGGACCUAUGGGUUUAACGGGACCACCCGGAGUACCAGGAACUGUAAAAAAGGAAACAGUAAAGGCAAAAGAGCCCAUUAAUGGUCAAAAGGGAGAUAUAGGGCCAAUUGGCCCUCCUGGUCCACCAGGACGAGAUGGAAAAGAUGGGAUGAAGGGAGAUAAAGGAGACGAAGGUACUAAAGGCGAAAAAGGUGAACACAUAAUUAAACAUUUUCGGGGCGAGGAAGGCAAACCAGGACCUCGUGGUGAUAAAGGUGACAAAGGAAUGCCUGGAGAAUAUGGAAUACCAGGAACACCUGGAAACAAUGGUUUUAAAGGCGAAAAAGGAGAAAAAGGAGAAGCAAUAAUAGUAGAAGUUAAAGGAGAAAGAGGCGAUACAGGAGCUGCAGGUGAAAAAGGUGAUAAAGGAGACAUGGGUCCUGAAGGUCCCAAGGGAGACGUGGGGGCUGAUGGGCCACAGGGACCGCCUGGUGAACGAGGUCACCAAGGUCACAAAGGAGAAUCUGGUACUGAAGGAAAGCGGGGACAUAAAGGCGAACCUGGAGAACCUGGCCCGCCAGGAAAUGUAACAACUUCAGCUAUUAGUCUAAUGAAGGGACCAAAAGGACAACCAGGGCCACGUGGUCCUCGAGGCCCACCAGGUUAUAAAGGAAAAACAGGAUCACGGGGACCAGCUGGUUCUAAAGGUCAAAUCGGUGCCACAGGACCGCGUGGACCAAUGGGACCAACCGGACCUAAAGGUGAUCAUGGUACUAUAGGAGCGAAAGGAGAUAAAGGUGAUACACCAUUCAUUGAUGUUGGAACACUCAAAGGAGAAAAAGGAGAUAAAGGAGAAACGGGUCAAGCGGGUGAAACGGGGUCACCUGGCAUACCUGGAAAAUGUGAAAAUUGCAAUGCUAUUUCUGUUGCUGGAUUAAGAGGUCCGCCUGGACCACCUGGUCCACCUGGAACGUCCAUAACUGGCCCUAAGGGAGAACCAGGACAAAUGGUUAAGAGUUCGUUAUUUGAUUUUGAAAAUGUUACUUUGGAUGAUGAUGAUGACUUCUAUACAGUUGGAACUGUAAUAUACAAGACCAGAAGAGCUCUGUUUAAGAGAACCUCAAGUAUACCGCUGGGAACAUUAGCCUUUAUUUUAGAAGAAGAAAAAUUGUUAUUGAGAGUUGGAAAAGGAUGGAAAUUUGUUUUCAUAGACUCCGUCGUACACACAAGUGCAGUAUGGAGACCGCCAAAGUACAAUGUGCAACAGUCAUCAAAAAUACAAGCACCCAAGCCUAACUAUGAACAUUUUAUCCGAUUAGUGGCUCUAAACAAGCCAUAUCCUGGCAACAUGCGAACUUCGGCGAACAGAACUGGAAGGAACGCUGCUAACCAAGAGUGUUACAGGCAAGGGGUGAAAGCAUUCCAUACGAACAACUUUGUUGCCUUUUUAGCUAAUAACGUUGACGACCUCAAAUCCGUCGGGAAAACGGGUAUCAAUAACAACCUUCCGGUUAUGAAUUCGAGAGGCGAGCUGCUCUUUGACUCUUGGGCCAGCAUGUUUAAUGGAUCCGGUGCUGUGCUUGCCAAUGCUAUCUAUAGCUUUAACGGGAAGAGUAUACUGAUUGAUCCUACUUGGCGAACGAAAGCAGUAUGGCAUGGCAGUGAUUCCUACGGCUCAAGGUCACCAAGGUCGUGCGAGAAUUGGGAGAGCGAUAGUCCAACAAGCGAAGGUGCUGCAUCGCCUCUCGACAGUCAUAGACUAUUAGAACAAGAAGGGUAUCCGUGUAAUAGAGAACUGAUAGUACUCUGUGUUGAGGUAACAUCUCGUUCACAAGUUUCAAAGCAGAGCUCACGAAGGAGACAUCAUAGGUCAAGAAUGAGUAUAUCGGAACCUGCAUUCAAUCGAAUACCGGAUACGUAACAGUGACAUUAACUAUUAAGUAGUUUUAUUACUAAUAUUAUUUAUUUAAUGGCUAUUUACUGUAAUUUUUUAUAAGAAAAAUUUUAAAAUAUAUGUAUCAGAGUUGCCCUAAUGCGCUAGUUGACAUUUUUUUAAUGUUCUUAUAUUAUUAUUCAUUAUCGUUCUACUAAAUUGAAAAAAAAAAUGUAUUUUUUUGAGUUACUAUUUUUCAUAUUUUUUUUUAUUUUUAAAUAUAUUUUGACAAUAGGAGACAAAACGCUAUCGGUCACGAUGGUCUAUAAGUAUUUUAUCGUUUCAUGACGUCACGUAAACAAUAAACCUUAACCAAACGGUUUAGUGUUUGUCAAAACUGUUAGUUAUCAAUUAGUUUGACGUUUACUCCUUUAGACUAGUCUGUAUGCGGUGACUACAGUCACCGAAAAUUUUAUUUAGUUUGACAUUACUUCAAAUACUUAAGACAUGGCUGUACGGUAUAAUACCUUUGCCUUUUCCAUACGGAAAGAAACAAAAAAAAAUGACAUUAAGUAACAUUGUGACGUCACAAAAAAGACGAUAGAAGUUUUGACGUUUGGCAAAAUUGAUUAAAUAUUUAAUUUUUAAAUUUAGUUCUCUAUGAAAUCGAUAUGCAAUUUUAUUAAUUACUUAAUAAAAAUAAAUAUCGAUAUAUUCCAUGUAGGUACUAUACGAAAUUAAUAUUGUUCAUAUUAAUUUCAUAUGAGUCAAUUUGUUCUGAUUUUGAUGAUGAAUGCGUAAACUUUCUUAUUUCACUAACACUACCUAUUUCUUUCGUUUUAUGUAUAAUAUAUUAUUCUUUAUUAUGAAAUUUAAAAUUAUUUAGUCACUAGUAAAGUAUUAUAGAGUAAGUUAGUUUAGUCUAUGUAAUAAAUAGGUAUUACGAACCCAAUGACCUUAUAAAGAAGCUUUAACGCUUAUUUCAUUGAUGGGUUUAAAAAACGCUUAAUAACAAUUAGUAGUUAUUAUCACCAUCAUCAUACUCAUAUCCAUGAUAAUAAUAUUAUCUUUUACUUAUAUUUUCAUAGUACUCUAGUUAAUACUUAUUUAUAAUUAAUCGAUAUAAUAUUAAAUUACGAGUAAUAUUAUUUAUUAAUAAAAAUAAACAGCAUUUAAUAAGUGAUUUACAUAUAAAUAGUAAUAGUUACAUUAAUUUGUAUUUGUAUUGUCUCGAAAAUAAAAAUAAUGUUUAUGUAAUAACAAUAUAAAGUGUACAAUCAAUUCCUCCAUGACAGCAGGCCAGUUCACUAACUUUGACGUAUGCUAACUAAUCAAAAUUGAGAUUAUAGGUAAAAAAUGUCAUCCCUACUAUCUACUAUCCCUGUAAUGCCUACUGACAACCCUUCGUAAAUAUUAUAUUAUAGGAGGUAGGUGACACUUUCAAGUUGAAAUUGUAAUUUUUGUUGUUGUUAUGGAUUGAUAUGGAUUCUAUGUUAACUAUAUUAGGUGGCUAACUUACGUUAACAUUAGUGAAUUGUCUGACAGGUUAUACUGUUCCUAUUGUGUAUGAUUGUUCUACAAACCUACUAGUACUAAUUUGUAGAAUUUAAUAUUUUUAUUGUGUUAUUUCCUAUAAGUAUAAUUAUGUAGGUAAAAAUACACUCCGAACAUACAUAAAAUAAUUAGCAAAUUUUUAUACAUAAAAGUAUUUUGCUAAUAAAAUGUUAAACUCAUUGCGGUAUCCUUAUUUUUGUUUGUUUCAGUUUAAUCGUUAUUUAAUGUAAAACAUUAAUUUUGAACAUAAUGAAACCUCAAUAACCUGCAAUCCAUUAAUUAAUUUUAUUUUUUUUACAAAGUAUUUCUGUAGAAGAAUGUAUAUAUUUAUUGUAAAUACUUACUAAUAUUUUUUUAUUUUAUUAUAUUAGUUACUUAUUAAUAAUGUUAUUAUAUUGUUUUAACUAUCAACGAAAAUAAAAGGACUGCCAUUAGAGACAAAAUCGUGCUCGUCUAAAUUCCCACUAUAGUCUCAUUCCAGUCUGAAAAUAAAAUUAUUUUCUCUCUAUUUUUAGAAGAAACGAGACACAACGUGGUAAUUUUAAAUUAUUGAAAUAGUAUAUCGUAUCAAAUUAAAUAAUUACUAAACUAUAGUAGGUGCCAUAACUGUUUUGUACGAUUCCAAUAAUAAAAAAUAAAAACUAUA